AUGUCCGUCACAUCCCACACUUCUUUCCCUCCGCCAACCCCUUCAGCCCGAUCGAACUUCACCACCCAAUCGACAGAACGAGACUUUGGAUCUGAUCUGACUCAUGAUCUGGGACCUGACUCGGCAUUUGACCUGGAUGGAACGGGGAUAGCGGGGAACGAAGAGGAAGCAGUUCAUUUCUGCUUGCUGGCGGAAUUCGAUAUUGAUGCUGGUGCAACGUUGGCACAUCAGUAUCCAUAUCCUACAGGAACUGAUGAGCAUCGCCUGGCCGAACUGAUGUUACCAGACGGAGCGCACCUCCGAGCAGAAGACUGGACGAUUUUCUAUCUUGGACAAACACCUUCAUCAGCCAUAGCUCCGAUGUUAUCCCACGAGUCAUCCAUGAGACUAUCAACCGAAUCUUCCUCUUCGAAUACCACAAACGACGACAACAGACGGAUGAGCGUGAUGCCCCUUGAUAGAGCUACGAGGGGUGUAGCUGGAUCAGGUGGUGGAUUGUUAUAUGUCUUGAAUUGCGUUAGGAUGAAAGAGGAUAAGAAGAUGAGAAGGGGUGCAAUGGUCAAGGCUAUGGCUAUUUGUACCCCGAACCCUUAUAUCGGGAUAUACAAGCCUCUUCUCCUCUUAGCCCUUGAAGAAUACUUCCUCUCCCCCUCUCCCGAGAUCCUCGCUCGUCUGUUCGACUCAGCCAAUGCAAUCUCCACAGCAGGCAUGCCCCGUUUGACACGAUAUGAGCGUAUCCUACUACGCUGUUCCGAAAGGAAAGACUUAUUCGAGGAGAAAUUCGGUAUAACAGAACCAUUGAGCGGUACGAAGGAGGUAUUCGAGGAUCUGAAUUCUGAGCCUGGACAUGGUACUGGAUCAAUGUCAGAAAGCGGUCACGGAAAUGAAGGUUUGCCUAGAACAGGAUCAGGUUCAGGUUCGGGAUCAACAUCCACAUCUGCACCAAAUCAUCGAAAGACACUAUCCUCCUCGUCAGGUGUAAGAAUGGUCAGGAAAGGUUCUUCCAGCUCUCAACAGUUUCACUUGGCCACCCCACCGUCAAGAGAAGGUAGAUUGACCCCUGAUAUGGGAUACGGCGUUAGUGCGACUGAAAAUCAGGGGAAGAGGAAAGGCGUGCCAAGAGAUACGCACUUCUUCGAGACUGAAGCUAGAUUUAAGAAGAUCACUGUACCGAUAAGAAUUCCAAUGACUGUUUUCGACGAAGAUGUGGGCGAUUACUCACUCAUUGAGCUCGUUCAGACUUUCUCUCACAACAUCACGCCCUUCCCACCACCUUACCAUCCUCAUCUACAUACCAACGGAUCCAUGACUCAUCCCAUAAUCCUUAUCCUCAAUGCGAUGUUAGCCCACAAGCGAGUAAUGUUCUUAGGACACGGUCUGCCAGCCAAUCAAGUAGCUCGGAUGGUCUUAGCUGCCUGUGCGUUAGGAUCAGGUUGUGGACAAGUCUUAAGAGGUAUAACCUCAUGUGCAUUCCCAUAUGCAAACUUGGCAUCGUUAGACAUCUUAGAAGAAUUUUCAGGAUUCGUUGCGGGAGUGACUAAUCCUCGAUUCGAAGAGUUACCAACGACAUGGGAUGUGUUGUGUAAUUUGGAAACUGGUAAAAUAACCGUAUCGAAGAAUUUACAAUCGUCUAGCAACAAUAUAACCAAUACGGGCUCGGGCGGGAUGACUGGAAGUAACAAUGCGAGUAGCGUGAAUGCUGCGAAUGUAGGAUCGAUGAGAUCUGGUAGAUCAUCUGAAACGAGUUUAGGAAGUUCAAGUAUGAUCAAAGUUGAAGAUGAUCCUAGUACUACAUCUGGUACACCUCAGGCUAAGAUGAACAGUAUUGCGAAGAGUGAUUGUUUAGAUAAUCAGUUCAUGGAUGAGAUCUUAUCAGCUACCACCUCUCAUUAUGGCGAAUCCAAUAUUCGCUUGAGAUUUGUCGAUUACCUCAAUCGAUUUGUAAGGAUUGCCUCGCAUCAGGAGUAUACCCAGACUGGAUCGACCAAAAUUGGAUACCCAUCUGUACCCUACCAUGAUGGUGUGCUGGGUAGUGGAGCGGUAUUUGCGGAUGAUCAGAGUAAACAGAGGGAGUUGUGGACUAAUUCCUAUAGAGUCGAGGCGUGGAGGAAGACGAGGAGCUAUAAGUUGUUUGCUAAGGACUGGCAAUCGCGGUUGAAAAAACGAUCAGUCGGCUUUGAUGUUCAACAUCAAAUUGCGAGAUUACGAUUGGCGAAAAAUAUGUCUGAUGCUGAAGCUGAAGCUAUCUUCGGUGCGCUGAAUAAUGUUAUAAGGAACUAUGAUCAGGUGGUCGAGCUCUUAACUCAUUUACCAGCACAUUGGGGUGGACUAAUGCCAAUUGCUAAUGGCUUAUUCCAUCGGUGGGUAGGAGUAAGGGAGAAUGCACUGGAAUUGUUGAUCACCCUACAACAAUAUCCUGUCGGUCGUCAGGCGGUCUCAUCAAUGAAUUACUUCCACCGCAAAGCAUUCAUCUCCCUACUAGAACGCAGAGAAGCGAAUUUGAAACGACAGAGGGAAUUGACGAGACAACAGGAAGAAGCGUACACUUCCUCCACCACGGCACAUGCCAAUGGCUGGAUGGCAGGAGACAGUUCACCGAAUGGAACGGUCCAAGGAGGAAGUACGAAUGUUACACCUCAAGGUGUCGGUAGAGCAUAA